AUGGUCGACGAAGCAUUUCGCUACGAGCAGCUUGACCUGACCAAGCAACAGAUCCGCCUCGUCACUGUCAAGCCGAAAUCUCCAGAACGCGAAGAUUUCGAAUGUGAUAUACACGUCUUCGAUGUCGAUACAGCCCCACCCUAUGGAACACUCUCAUACACCUGGGGUUGGGAUACACCAAGGCCUAUACUGCUCAAUGGAAAGCGCUUCGUGGUUCGCCAGAACUUGUAUCACUUUCUGCGGUCCUAUCGAAAUGAUCCCAGCAACGUUCACUUCAUCUGGAUCGAUCAGAUAUGCAUCUCGCAAGCUCAUACGGCUGAGCGCAAUCAUCAAAUCCGUCUAAUAUCCCAAAUAUACAGUAGAUGUAUAUACGUCGUCAUAUGGCUCGGCGUACAAGAUCGACGGGAGGCUAAACGCUUCGCGACCUUACCUGUGCCGGGCGCAACUCGCAUCUCCGAUUGCUCCUACCUUCAGCGUCUAUGGGUGGUUCAAGAAAUACUUUUGCCUCGAGAAGUGCGCGUGCUCUAUGGAAGUGUAUGGAUGUCGUGGGAUGAGAUCAAAGCUUCUCAUGCUCGGGAUACCGAAAGACAUUCGCGGACUGACACCCUACCGUUUGUUCUUGGAAUGAGCAUCUUGGAAAUUGCAAUCAGGCAGGAUCGCAACGCAGGAGAAUUGACGUUGUAUGAAUGUCUACACUACUUUUCUAUUCAAGAGUGCCAUGACUCACGCGACAAGGUCUAUGGCCUGCUGGGACUUAGCGUAGAGCAGGUGUUUCUGGAUGCCUUGAGGGAAAUUCCCUUGGCCGACUGGCUAACUACUACCGGUUCGUUCGUCUACAAUCUUUACCGGAGCAGCCACUAUAUGGGGCUCGAGAAGCACAGCGAGGGCAUUACAUCAUUACUGUGGUCUCUGAAGCACUUUUACGCGAGCUUGCUGUCAGAUAAAGAGUACGGUUCGAAGGAUCACAACCCUCUAACGGCCAUGGGAUACGAGGACGUUGGGCCAGCUGGCGAGACAAAUCAUUGGUGGUACGAACAUGACGGCAAACGAUUCUCGUCCCCAGUUUCCUUCGCAUCCGGAGAUGUGCUCUUAAACUCCUAG